AUGAUGGAUUUUGAAAAGGUAAAGGAAAAAACUUUUGAAGAUGCACACAAAGGUAAUGUUGAAGAAGUUAUGAAAGCAGUUGAAGAGCAUUUGAGGCUGUUAAAAGAAGUGGACGUUAACAAUCGUUUGCUCCUUCAUUGGGCAGCACUUGGGGGCCAUGAUAGACUUGUACGAUAUCUUCUCGAAAAUGGUCAACCAGAAGAUUCUCGAGAUGACAUGCAAACUACUCCUCUUAUAUUGGCAGCAUCAGGUGGCCGCAUUGAUACAGUAAAAACUCUUAUAGAAUAUGGAGUAAAUAUUAAUGCAAAAAACGAAGAAGGACAUUCUGCACUUCAAUAUGCAGCUUCAAAAGGUUGGACAGAAAUUGUCAGAUAUUUAGUAUCAAAAGGCGCUGAUGUUGAUAUUGCUGAUAAUAGAGGAGCAACACCAUUACAUAGAUGUGCAUCAAAAGGAAACAUGUCAGUUCUAAAAAUUUUAUUGGACUGUGAUAUACAUGUAGAUGCUAAAGAUAAUUAUGGAAACACACCACUCCAUUUAGCUUGUGAAGAAGGACGUGUACAAGAAGCUGGAUUAUUGAUUAAAAGUGGAGCUGAUAUCACUCUCAUAAAUAAAGAAAAAUUAACACCUUUUGAUUUAGCACCAUCUGAUGUACAAGGCAUUUUGAGAAAAAUCUAA